CUGCAUGGCCAGCUGCAGGCGCUUCCCUGGGACCCGUGGCUGCAGCACGGUCCUGGCUCAUGACCCGGCCUCGGGCGUGCACCUCGGCGUGGAAGGUGGGAUACUCUGCCAGCUACUCCGUUCUCCAGAUUACAACCUCUUCCCCAAGUCGGCAGUGUUUGAAAGUAAUUUCAUCCAGGUGACGAAGCAGGGGAACUGGGUGGAUAUCCACAAUGCCCCCACACUGGUGACCCUGGGGGUGACGUCCUCGGAGCCCUGCCUGCCCCUCCCCAACGUGCUCCUGAUCGCCAGGCUCGCAGUGCUGGGAGAAAGCCCCCCCGGGAGGGCAGGCCAGCCCCAGGAGCCCUCCAUGGCCCUUAGCAGGCUCCUCCCGUUGAGGUACGUCAGACUGUCGGUCCAGGACAGCGGCCGGCGCCUGCUGCGGGUGCAGGUGGUGACGGGGAAGGUUUAUUACCUGCGGCUGCACCAGGCGCACCCUGACGCCGUGUUCACGCUCUGGAGCCGGCUGGCGGACAUCCUGCAGUGGGGGCUCUCCAUCACCACCAAGGACCCCUCCAUCCACGUCCCGCACAGCCUGGUGCUCAGCGUGGACAGCUCCUCCACCAGCUCCCCUGCACAGCUGGUGCCUGAUUCCCAGCUGCCCUCGGGAGCCAGUCGCAGCGUGGUGGCAAGGAUGGGCAAGCGAUUGUCGGGGACACGCUCCCAUCUCUCAGGAGCAGCCCUGGGGAAAAUGGAGACAGACGGCUCAGUCCAGAGAAGACUCUUCUCCUGGAAUCUUACGGCUCAGAGCAAAUCUCCUGCCAGGGAAGAGGAAUCGGGUGCCCCAGGUUGGUCAGGAGGCCCGGCUCUCUCAAACAGUCACCCAAUGGUCUCUAAGGUGGUAUGUUUAUCUACUCCAAAUGCCUGCCAACUUCUCUGUGAGAACCAUCUUCAACUUUGAUCCAAUGAAAGAAGGCAGAAAGACCCCCUGGAAAACCAAAAACACGAUGGCUGGAUGGUGUCAGACACCUGUCCCUCACAGGCAUCCUACUCCAGACUUGACUCAAGACAGAACAUUAUGGAGGCAUGUGACCCUGCUGGCGGCCUCAGGGUCCUACCACACCCCAUCCCAGAAAGAAGAAGUAGAAGUGAGUCCUCCAAGUGGCCUAUAGAGGCCACGUGGGAUGCAGCCCAUCAGAGGGGGCUGCAGGGAGCAGCCAAUCUGGGCCCAGCAGGCCCAUAUAAAAGGAGCUGCAGUGCAGAGCAGAGAGCAGUUGCUGACAGGAGCCAGAGGAGUUAAGUUGGUGCUCCUGGCUGCCUGAAGGACCUCCAGGACCUGGACGGGAGCAGUUGCUGGUAGGGGCCGGGGAGCAAGAAAGAGCUCCGGACUGGCUACUAGGACUCAGCCAGCACAAGGCCCUGAGUUAAGGGUGAAGAAUGUGCUGGGGCCACAGGCAAAUGGCCCAGGGAAUUGUAGCAGUUUAGUUAAAGGUAUGUGGCAGAUGGCUGCUAUUCGUAGGGUCCCUGAGCUAGGACCCGGAGGCCCCAUUAGCCACUGGAGAAGUGGCCUGGACUUUGAUGCAUACCUGGAAAGGGAACUGAACUGGUUAGUGGCCCAGCUGGAGUGCUGGGGCCAGAAAGGCCAGGAGAGGGGGAAGACAUCACCUCCAGGGAGGGAGCCCUGGGGGUACGGCUCGAGACCAGGGCUGAGACCAUGUACAGACUAAGUAAAGACCUGAGCUCAGGGAGGACUACAGGGAGAGAAAGGCCCCUGUUGGACUGUUUACCCCAGAAGGGGUUUGAUUUGUAUUUCACAUACAGACUGUGAGACUUGGCCAGAGGGCUGAGUCGCUGAAGACCCACCACAAACUGAGAGAGAGAGAGAGUGUGCAGGCACACACACUUGGACAGGGCGUGCUCACGAGAGGAGAGUGGCACUCUGUACCUCAGGGGAACACCCUGCACCCCCAUGUUCAUCCGUAUAACAUGAUUGUGUGGUAUCCAGUGCAAAGUUUGUCAUGUCGGGUGUCUUCAGAAGGCUCAUGAUGCAUUGAGCAUUGUUGUUAUAGUGAUAUUACAGGUUGUAAUUUCAUGUAUAUAGUUAUGAGGCUGAAAAAGUGUCCUCAUGGCUUAAAGCAAGCCCAGGCAAAAACUCUCCAAAAGCAGAGGGGCAGUUCACACCUCAUCAGGGCAUGUAUGGGACAAACCCAGCCCAGCCUCACAGGAACAAAGGACGCUGGCCUAGGCAGCAACAAAGGAUCUGUUGGACUCUGAGUGAGUCACCCCCCUUCCCUUGGUCAGUUGGGGACUAUGAUGAGGUAAUGCUCACCUGACUCUGAAGGGGGGGCAAAGUCAAGAGGGAAGAAAGAACAUGAUAAAAGGGAGAGACAUUUGCCAGGCUCUUCCUCUCUUCCACCUCCAGCUACAGACAUCACCACCAAGCGACUGAAGCGCUGAUCAAAGGGGAGAGCCUGGCUGAAGAACAACCAACCAGCCAGCCUGUGGUGAGAAGCA